UAGCGGCGCCGGCGAACACCGACGACGGCGCGAGGCAGGCGUUCUUCGGGGCUCCUCGAGAAGAGAGGAUAGACAUGCGGAGCUUCGUCAGCGUGUGAUAGCCGACACGCUUCAUCGGGUCGCUCGCGUCCGCGAGAGGGUCGUCCGUCAACCGAAUCUGUCUCGGAGGAACUGGAGGAAGUCACGUCGAAACCUCGGGGAGAAAUUUAAAAAUAGUCCAUUAAAAAUCAGUGGCAAAGUGAGAAAAAAGGGAGGUGUACUCCCAGGUGUGAUACCCUGAAGAGUAGAAUUCGCGGAUGCCGAAAUCGCGACGUUUUCCAAUCCAAAGAAAGACGUUCAGAACGACCUCGUUAGUCACUGAAGCGAUAGUUAGACACUUUAUCGUAUCGCGAUAACGAAGGUGAUUACAUGACGUUGUCAUGUUUAGUUUUCUUGUCAUUCCGGAUAUGUAAGUCGCGAGUGCUCCGACAAUUUUUUCGCGACGCGAUCGGGGAGAACGCGAUCGAUCAAUGAAGAACACCUUGCAGUGAUACAUCUCGGUGAACAAUCGUUCCUCGCAACAGUAUCCUCGAUUGUGUUAUGGUGCUGAGGACUACCUUGGUCAGACGAGGCAGACGAAGAGGUCGUAGAAGAGAGGGCGGCGGAAGUAGCUCCAUCCUGGCGGAUUUUGCUCGAGAAAUCGCUCGCAUUGGUUCAAUCAGCCGAGGAGAAAUCCGGGAAGGUCACGUCUCGUGAAUCGUAAAACGAUGGGUGUAUCGAGGCCGUGUCAUUGGCUUCUCGCUGCGGUCGUCCUGAGUCUCUCCUCGAGUUUGAUGAUGAGCGAGACGCUGCAACUCGCGAACUUGGAUUCCUCGGCCAUCGGCGUGCUAAGGGACGAGACGAAUCGCACCAGGGGGAUGGCGGGGGCGAUUCGCCGACGAAGAUACGUACGAUUUCCUACGGGAUCCGCUGCUUACCUCGCCGACGUGGGUGAUGGUCCACCGUCGCUCGGUAGGCAUCUCGGGCCGAUCGCGCGUUUCGUUCCCCCCCAGUUGCCCGGUACAUGGAGGCAACACAAGUCCCUCUGGAGGAGCCCCGUAAUCGCCGAUUACAACAGGCCGGUGAUGUCCCAUCGGACACCGCGAUUGAUAUUCCGCGACAACGACUUCCUGCCACCGAUCGGAGGCGGCGGAGCCUCCUUCUUCCAGCAGUCUAAUCAGUUGCCGGAAUUCGAGGAUGAUGUCAGAGAUCACCGAAAGCAGACGGCGGAUGAUUAUCCUAGAUUGGAAACAGAGACGCGCCAACAAAAAAGACCGCUGUGGAAAGGCGACGAUACAUUGUGCGCGGACGGACGGAGCUGCGAAUUUUUUCUAAUGUGCUGGAUGACUGCUGGCCUGUUGGACGGCAGCUGCGGCGGCAUUAUGUUCGCGUGUUGUCAGCGGAAAGACCCUAAAGCUCUCACUGAUUAUAACCUGAUUGAGUCACCUAGAGAUCAAUCUCGGCCGCUUCCGCUGGAUUUGUACACGGAGACCGACAGCGACGAUCGUUGCGGCAUACCGGUAGUCUCGAAGCAAAUCGCCCAGAGAAGGAUCGUCGGCGGUGACGACGCCGGUUUCGGCAGUUUUCCAUGGCAGGCUUACAUACGGAUCGGAUCCAGCAGAUGCGGCGGCACCUUGGUUAAUCGAUUUCACGUUGUCACAGCUGGGCACUGCGUUGCCAAAGCUUCAGCUAGGCAAGUUCAAGUAACUCUUGGUGAUUACGUGGUCAAUUCUGCGAGUGAGUCUCUUCCAGCUUAUACUUUUGGAGUUCGGGAGAUUAGAGUACAUCCUUACUUCAAGUUCACGCCGCAAGCGGAUAGAUUCGAUGUGGCGGUGCUUCGAUUGGAUCGACCAGUUCAUUACAUGCCCCAUAUAGCGCCUAUAUGCUUACCAGAGAAAAAUGAAGAUUUCUUAGGACAAUAUGGCUGGGCUGCUGGAUGGGGCGCCUUGCAAGCAGGUUCCAGAUUGCGACCCAAGACGCUGCAGGCAGUGGAUGUGCCCGUAAUCGACAAUCGCCUCUGCGAGCGAUGGCAUCGAUCCAAUGGUAUCAACGUCGUCAUUUAUGACGAGAUGAUGUGCGCCGGUUAUCGCGGCGGCGGUAAAGACUCGUGUCAGGGCGAUAGCGGCGGCCCAUUGAUGUUGGAGAAAACUGGUCGAUGGUAUCUCAUCGGCAUCGUCUCCGCAGGUUAUUCCUGCGCGCAGCCAGGUCAACCGGGAAUCUAUCAUCGCGUGGCCAAGACCGUUGACUGGAUCACAUACGUCAUAAAUUCGUAGUUCUCUUCUGCCGUUUAUCGCGGGAGAAUUAUCCUCAGGAAAGCCCCUGGGAAUAUCUUCGUUGAACCACGAACUUUGCAUGACACAAGGUUCGAGUCGAGAAAGAAUCUACGAUCGCGCUUGAAAAAUCGUGAUGCGACAGAGGUUUUUAACGAUAAUUAAAUAAUUUAAAUGACUUUCUCUUAAAGGCUAUAGGCCUAAUAAAAUUAUAGCCAUUUUACUUUGCAAGAAUGUAAAAGUUAUUUAAAUAAAAUCUAACAGAGUUGCAGAGUUUAACGAGCGACACGCGGACGCGAAUUUUUAAUAUAUAAUUCUGCAAAGCGCGAAUAGAAUCGACAUUCUCUAUGAAAUGUCAUACGCGAUAUUUUAUACAUAAGUAUCUCUAUUGACACAAAGCGGGUGGCGCAAAUGUGUUGUAAUUUUAUCGAUGUGAAUGCAUUGUAAAUUAAGCGUGUAUGAUAUACGUAUGGAUUUGCGCUUAAUAAAUACUCUGUUUUUGACUUUCAA